AUGCCAGUCAAGUCGUUGGAGUCGUAUUUGUUUGAGAGGGGCCUGGUCGGUACGUGUCCAAUUGAGGCCUUGAAAAACGCGACUGUUGGAAUAGAUGUCAAUCACUAUGUGUCGCGUGUUCUCACUCCGAAACGCGAGCAAUACUUGGAUGCGAUAGGUGGGUUUCCAACAAGCCUGAAAACUUACUUGGAAUCAGAUCUCUUGGUGUUCAAAGAGUAUAAUAUCACGCCGAUUUUCGUGUUCAGUGGAUCCUCUGUGGCCAACCAGCUCGAAGCAGAUGAGUACUAUACUGCCGCGGCAGAAGCAGCAGAAGCCGCUGCUUCCGCUGCCAAUGUUCCCAGCAACGCGUCUCUUGGCUCCGCGAUGUCUUCGACCAAAACCACAAAGGAGUCCAUCUUGGCGCAGAGAAAUCGGGGUUGGACCCAAUGGAACAAUUUGCUAUGGAAUGCUCAAAGUUCAUACAUAGAUUUGCCCUCGCGACCGCCAGAGGUUUUCCGCUACAACAUCCCGCUCGAGGCUAGCCGUUUCAAGGAUGAUCUGAUCCAGUUUUUCAUUUCUCGCAAUAUCUACUACCAAGUCGCACCUUACUCGUCUUGGUCGCAGCUCGCUUACUUGCUGCAAAAAAAGUACAUCGAUGUUAUUUACGGGCCGACCGAUGUCCUUAUGCUCGACGUCGUGGACAAAUUUAUCAUCGGCAUGGAGUUUCCCAACAAAGAGUUUAGAUUUAUCGAAAGACACCGCAUUCUUUCCGAACUUAAGUGCAGCAGCGAAGAGUUCAUCGACAUUUGCAUGGCUGUCGGAAAUGACCUACAACCUUUCAGUUUGCCUCCGCUUCAGCUAUAUCCGCCUCAACAGCUGUUUGAAAUGGCACUCGAAAUGGUGAUCAAUUCGGGAACCGAUUUCUAUGCACAUCAAUUAUUAAAUCCGCUAAAAAUGGGGGACUCCACGCCCGUGAAGCGCUAUCAAAAGGGUGUCUCUGCACUCAAUUUCAUGCCAGUGCUAAAGGAAAAUGGGCGGGUCGAACUUUUCUCGGAGAAUGAGAUGAUUGACGAAUCCGGAAAAGAACCUUCCAACUCCAGUAUGUCGUCUCCUCCGUCUUCAGGGUCUUCGGACACGAUUCCAAAUGAUCUACAUGAUGUCCUUGCACAACGACUACCUCACGAAUACUAUUUCUACAAGUCUGUCGGUAUCAUUGGCAAUGCGCUUCUCGAUGCAAUCACCACUGGCGUUUAUCCCGAAGAACCUCCGCUCGACGGCGGUAUCUCGGCUUCCUACCGUCAGCUAGUGAAUCAGUCCGUGGAAAUGUUCAAGAAUCAGGGAAUUAAUUUGCUUACACAACCGAUUAACAGAUAUUACCAGAUAAAGCCCAUUAAACAGGUGAACUGGUUUGCCCCUGAGGAUUCUAUCACAUUGACGAAUCGCAUGGCGCCUUCUACUUUCGACAAAGUGAAUCAUCUUGUGAUUAAAACAGAUGAUUUUACCAAAAACUUCUCCCUCUUUGAGUUUAUCCAGCACCUCAAUGGCCUUGAAAACUUGGAGACAUUGGUCUCUGACAAGAUUCUUUUCGCCGACUCGGUACCUGCUGGUGAAAGGCUGCGCGCCCCUUUCGACUUGCUAGCGACAAAUUUGUUAAGACUCCUAACGAUGCUGGAGUUUUUCGAAUAUGAUACUUCUGCCAAAAAAUUGAAGACCACUCCGUAUGGUCGCAUUUUUCUACAACUCUGCGAUCUGGGUGUAAAACACGAACAUCUCGAAACAAUGCUGACGUUUUUGGUAUUUUCUAAGAUGGGAGUCCUACGUCUUUCUGACGAUUCCCAGUCUGCGACUCCAUCUGCGCUUUCAAAGGCCACGUUGCAGUCGUACCCCACCGAGUCCGCGUACAUCUUGGUACUGGCGAGGGCGCUCACCUUAUUCAAAUUGGAUCAGAAACCUUCCAACUACCAUGGCCCCAUCGACAAAAAAACUUUGGUAUUCUCGGACUUGCUUGACUACGUUCGGAAAAACACAAACGAGUUGUUCGAGGCCGUGGUGGUUUCGUCGCUCGCCGCCGGCGAGUUCGAUCGACUAUCGCUAGACAACUUGGCAUGGCAGAAAGACCUGGUUGCACUCAUGCCGUUCAAGGCGUCUGCGCCCAGCACAGUGGCCGCCAUGAUGUGGGAGUUUUACCUUCAAAAAUACUUGCACAAUGGCAGCUCUAAACCAGAUGCUAUGGCGUUGGUGGUGACCAUUUUCAACACUUACAAGUCUAUACCUAAUCUAGACGAGGAGUUUUCGCGCUCUCUAAGUUACCUAGAGAGUUUCGUCUCUGUUCUGGAACAGAUGGCGAAGGAAAAACUUCUCGAUGCCGACGAUUACGAUUUGUUUAAGACAGCCUAUACCUUCGCCAAAAACUCGUAUACAGAAUAA